UUUCAGAUCAAGUGCUAGUGUAUUAAGUGUAAGAGCGUUCGCAAGCAGUAAUUUUUUUCAAUUGAAAUUCAUCUGAAAAGACUGUUUGCCGUCAUGCCGAGGGUGCCCCGAGUGCUUCUAAGAAGAAUGAGACUCGAUGCUAACGGCCGUCCGCGCGCUGCCACCCGGCGCCUCGACAACGCUGUGCGCGAUGCCGUGGCCCCAGACCGCAGCGACGCCGCGGAGCCUGCAACCGCUGGCCCUGGAGAUGCGACUCAAGAAACUGGACACGAGGAUAAUAUAUGCGCCCGCCGCAUCCGCAAGGAGAUUGCCAUGAUGACGAGCAACCCGACGGAGGGGUGCACAGUGGCGUUGGUGGACGACUCCAUCUACACCUGGAGCGCCGUUAUUCUAGGCCCCUCGAACACGCCCUAUGAGGGCGGGCAUUUCCCGCUGGAAAUCAAAUUUCCGACCGGCUACCCGUUCAAACCGCCGCUUUUGAAAUUCCUCACUAAAAUCUAUCACUGCAACAUUGCCAACGGCAAAAUCUGUGUGGACAUUCUGAGCUCAGCCUGGUCGCCGUCCCUGACCGUGGAAAAGGUUCUGCUCUCCAUCCAAUCGCUGCUGUCGGACCCCAAUUCCGACAGCCCCAUGAACUCCGCCGCCGCCGCCAUGUUCAAGAAGGACCGCGAGGAGUACGACCGCUUGGCACGCGAGUGGACCGCUCGCUACGCCAAGCCUGUCGCCCCCACUGCCCCACCAACACCUCCACAAUAGAUGGACCACAUUUUCAAAUCGAUUGGCUGGCAGUAACCAACACCUACCACACCCCAUACCAAACAUAAGCAAACGACCAAAAACAUAAGAACAUAAUACAAAUACAACACCGCGAAUAAAGACCAGAGAUGUACAUUGUUGCAUCACACA